AUGGAUGGUGCCAUUACUCCGGACGCCUCUCUCAUCGGAAACGUCAACGAUCCUAGCUCUCCCUCGGGCUGGAAAGAAAUGCUUUACGCAGUCAUCGAAGUGAAGUGGAUGCGAUUAGCGGCUCUUCUUACCGGCGAGGCUAAAAGUCAAACCGACGAGAAAGCUCUUAGUUACCUCUGCCAGGAAGGCGUAUUUCAAACUAUGUGGUAUGUCAUCUUGGGUUACGCCAUUUCGCGCUGCAUCUUCGGCCUCUCCAUAGUCAACGAAUACUUCUAUAGAAUUGUGUAUCUCUAUCAAGACUCGGCCUCAGACAGUCCCGUGCUUGCCCUGGAGGCAAGCAACGAGUUCUUGGAGAACGCCGGGCGACAUUUUGGAUAUCCGCGGGAUGGUUACUCAGUCGAAGAACUUGCAGAGCUGCAAGACUUUUGGUCGUCGCCUCCCAAUUGUCUGAUCAGCGACCGUGCCAACGCCACUUUGAAUAAAGAGGCAAGGUAUCACCUCGAUGCGACCAUCCUCUUUUUCCUCGCUCAUGCAGCGGCACUUCCAACGCAACGCUUCCUCAACGACCUGCCCCUCCCUUUUGCUCAUCAUGUUCCUGUUGAAGCGACCGCUCAUUCAGCCACUGACAUGAAAUUGAAAGGAUUAGAAGUUGGGCGCAGGCGACACAGUCUUCGUUCGACCAAGAGGAACAAGCGCACAUUGGCGGAUUUGUAUGAUGAAGAGAAAGGUGAAGAGGACAAACCAGGGGACCGACAGGACAAGUCAGGGGACCGCAAGCCGCCUGGGAAGGAUAAUCGCAACAAUGAUCCUAGGAACGAUGGUUCACAAGGGGGAAACCCUGGCUCCGGAGGCGAUAACUCUCGUGGCGGAGGCUCUGAUCCUGGGGGCGAUAACUUACAUGGCGGAGGCUCUGGUCCUGGCCGAGGACAUGAAGGCUCCGACUCUCGAGAUGUCGGCGGAAAUGAAGGUUCUGAGUGGAAAUCAUCCAUUAUUGCCUCCCUCAUCUCCAAUCCGCAUACCAGUUCUUCUGUGGCUCCCUCCUCUCCCAGUGUUAACUCCACCGCGUCGUCGGAGGAUGUUCAUUUCCCGGACCUGUCAUUGGACUCCAAUGACAGAACUCUUGUCCAUGGUGAUUUGUCCACCGAUCCCCUCCCGAAAGUUCACAAGUCCUCCCCUCUUGAUCUCGAUCUCGAGGACAUCGACCCGGAAUCGGGCGAGCUUACGUUGGCGGCCUAUAAGGACCGCCUCGCAUUGCUCGGGGUACGGGUGAAGUUGGUAACUAGGGAGGAGAUGGACGUCUUGCUGGCCCGGGGAUGA